GUAACCUAAUCUUUAAAAAUAAUGUGAAAGUUUUGACAUUGACACCUGCAAAAUUUCCCGAAAUCGUAAACACACGCGUAAAAAUGAGUACCGAAACGCCUACAAUUGAAAAAACUUCUUGCAUAUUCUGUAAUAUCGUCAACAAAUUGGAAAAUACAGAAAUUCUUUACGAGGACGAUGAUAUCUGUGUUUUCCGGGACAUAAAACCUGCCAGUGAUUAUCACAUAUUGACAAUACCAAAGCGGCAUAUAGAUGAUGCAAAAUGCUUAAUCUCGAGCGAUAAAGCCUUAGUUGAGAAAAUGCUUGCUACUGCCAAAGAGCUGUUGACCAAAAACAAUUUAUCCAUAGAGGAUGCGAGAUUUGGCUACCAUUGGCCACCUUUCAGGAGUGUGAGGCACUUGCACCUUCACACAAUAGCUCCAGAAUCAAAAAUGGGCACCAUUGCAAAAAUGAUAUUUAUGAAAAACUCCUAUUGGUUUGCUUCGCCCGCGUAUGUUGUGUCAAGACUGUAAUCAAGAUGUUAAAGAAAUACAAACAAGAGCAUCACAUGGAAUAGUUUAAAAUUACACAAAGACUUAGAUUAACCAUUUCUUUAUUACAAUGGUAGGGUAGGUAAAUAAAAUGAGAACUUAAA